AUGCUGUCCUCCUUCUGGUGGCUCUCCAAGCAAGUCCGCGCUUCUCUGCUGUCCCUGCGCACUUCGCGCACAAGUCUCUCCUGCCCGCUGCUGAGUACCUUGGGGCGCCCCCGGGGCCUCGGGUCGGGGGCUGAUGGCCGGCCCCCCUCUGCAACCACGUCCUCCGGGAACCCAGCCGGCCCCUCCCGGGUGCGCCAGAACUUCCACUCGGACUGCGAGGCCGCCGUCAACCGCCAGAUCAACCUGGAGCUCCACGCGUCCUACGUGUACCUGUCCAUGGCCUACUACUUCUCCCGGUGCGACGUGGCCCUGAACAACUUCGCCAAGUACUUCCUCCGCCAGUCCCGGGAGGAGACUCUGCACGCAGAGCGGCUGAUGAAGCUGCAAAACCAGCGGGGAGGCACCAUCCGCCUGCAGGACAUCCCGAAACCCGACCUGGACGACUGGAAGAGCGGCCUGAAUGCCAUGCAAUGCGCGCUGCUGUUGGAAAAGAGGGUGAAUCAGGCCUUGCUGGAUUUGCACGCUCUGGCCUCCGACAAAGGGGACCCCCACUUGUGUGACUUUCUGGAAACCCACUAUCUGAAUGAGCAGGUGAAGUCCAUCAAGGAGCUAGGUGACCACGUGCAGAACUUGCUCAACAUCGGGGCCAAGGAUUCCGGCCUGGCAGAAUACCUUUUUGACAAGCAUACCCUGGGAAAUGAAAGCCAUCAGAAUUGA